AUGACGAAUAUGUACACCAUCCUCACGAUGUGCGCUCAGAACAUAGGUCAGCUUGGAGGAGACGAUGAUGGAGGGGACAAAGACAAAGACGAGGAAGCGGAAAGGGAGCGAUUGGAGGCCAUCAGGGAAGCCGAGGAGAGACGGAAAGACAAGCAUCGAAAGAUGGAGGAAGAGAGGGAAAAGAUGCGACAAGACAUCAGGGACAAGUAUAACCUGAAGAAGCCGGAGGAGCCAAAGGAACCUGACCCGACACCAGACAAUCCUUUGAACAGGAAAAAGAAAACGCCUGAGGAAUUAGCUCGUGAAGCAGAGCUCGAGGACGAGGACGAAUUGACGAAGUUGAAGCACACACUGGAGACGCAAGUGAACGAGAUCAGACAGCAGAUAGAGGGAAAGUGUGCAUUGCAGUGACAGGCCGUCUCAAUCUCGUAGCUGCAACUAUGCAAACCAAGUCAAGCAAAACUAGGGAGGGAGCAAGGAGUGAAAGGGACAAGAAGAGACGCCUGAUAAUGACUCGUUAUUAGACUCGUUUUUGAGUGUAUACAUGCAGUGGGCUAUAUAUGGUUCAGUUAGUGGAUGGAGGGACAGUCUCCACCACCAAAUGAGAGACUCUUUCCAAAGCCAUAAUAUUGUGAUAGUCGUCAGUGAUCCAUACUUUAUAUUUUUUAUGUUGUCGGCGAGAGAAAACGCUUGCUUUGCAUCUUGUCGGGUUUUUCAUCAAGGACGGCACGAGACGGGCCCGAUCCAUCGCGGAUCCAGGACCCUUCCCUUUUUCCCUUCGGUUUGUGAGGUGUAGGAGAUGGCAUGCCCCUCCCCCUCCUUCUUCGGCCCCCUGCAAGGGGUGUGUUUCUACAGGGGUGACGGGAAGUCCCAGUCCCUGGGCGCUUCCCCGGUCGUCUGGGUGUGUCUAUAGUCUCUCAGUCUAGAUGCAAUCGUCUUUCAUUCUUGCAAGGGAUCCUCUCUCGUCUCGUUAGCCUAGACACGGCUGGUUCUCGUUGUUAUCUUCAAACAAAAAAUGUUACACUCUCAUUCUCAGAGGGACCUCGCUCGUUAGCUUCUGCUUUCUCUCUCUAUCUCUCCCCUCUCUCUCUUCGAAAAGCCUCUUUCCUACAACACCUUUUCUCCCUCGAACGCCUUCUUAGAGCUUCCUCUAAAGAAUAAGGAAAUAAAAAGCUCUCUGUCGCGAAGCGAGUCGGCUGUUACAACGGGAAUCCUGGUCGUUAUUAAAACCAUUGUUUCUCUUGUUCUUCGCACGCCUCUGCUGUAUAUAUAUAUUGAUGGACUUUAUUGGUUAGCCUGUUGAAAAUGGACAGUUUCUACUGGAAGUCGUCGUUGAAUUUAGUCAAUAUGCUACUCGUUUUAGCGAUAGAAGAGAAAGGAAGGAAAGAACGUGAAUUUCGCUACGCCUGUUUCAAGAAAAAGUUCGCAGGUUUCUUCGUUUCUUAUCUGUGCUGCCUAAGUGAGAAUAUAGAGCAGCGAAGCGCUGGGAUUUCUUAUGAUGUCGUGUCUUCGUAGAUGUACACGUAACGGGGCAUUCGCACAUGGCAAAAAAAAAACUACGCUUCUGAUGCAUCCUCUUUAUCUUCAUCUGUAUCUCGACAUCUCCGUCUUUUUCACUUCUCGGCCAAGAAGCAUAAAUAAGGUCAAAGGAAAGUCUGCUCGUAUCUUCGCCAUAUAUAUUUGUGGGUUUUCUUUCUCCCCGCCGUUGCUGGACAUCAACGAAAAACAAAAUGGAUUAGCUUUUCCCGGUGACAGCAUGUACCCCCAAUAUCAUAUUCCUGUUCCAUUCCUCUGCUUUCAUAUUCCUUCCCUUUUCAGAAAAAAAUGAAAACAAAAAGGCAUUGGUUGAUUUCAACUUUAUGUUCAGUCACAGUUCAGUCGAGGGUCAGUUGACGUCCUGGUUAUAGUCAUGUUCAUGGUUCCACUAUCGUCGACGGAUUUGGAAAUUUGUGUUCAAACUGUAAUUCUUCGAUGUCUCGUCGACCAUAAUAGAGACAAUGUUCAACAUGUGGAACAUUUCAGAGACGUUUCCUAUCUGGUCGCCGUUGACUUCGGUUGAGGUUACAAGAGGGCACACUGGAUGGGGAAUCUCAACCUUCUGAGGUUUGGAUUCUUCAUUCAAGACAGUUCAUUCGCAAUGCCUCGAUGGUCAGAGGUGCGAACCACGUGGGAGCGAGUAGGGACUCCCUGUCGAACAUACUCGUAGAAGAACCAUGACUGGAAUAAGGAUUUCAAAAUCGCAGUUUCAGCUCGGUCCAGCCGUUGUCUCUGUUACCAGAAGUUACCUACGACUGGGGCAAUGGAACGAUCGCAGUUGAACCUAAACUGGACAGCCUCUGAACAUGAAGUUUAAACAAACCAUUUCUUUUUCUCUCUGUCUCUGUCUAUCUCUCCUCCUGUCAUUCCUUCCUUCACUCUGCCUUUCCUAUUGGGACUAUCGAACCAGUGUUGUGCUGAAUACAUGGUGACUAUAUUGUACAUUGAGUGUUACUGUUGACUACUACAUCGGGGACUGUGCAACAUUUCUUAGUCCGGAGCGGAAUUCACAGGGCAGCACUAUGUAAACGGAAUAAACAACUUUUACUACAC